AUGGCACUUGCUCAAUUCUUGCAACUUGAGAGAUUAAGGGUAAGCUUGGAGGAGUAUGUAAAGAAAAUAAAGUACCACGAAGCAAAGCUGCGUAGUUGUUACGAAGAAAGCACAAAGUUUAACAGUGAUGAAUUCGUAAGAAUCAUUCUUGUGGAUGCCGCCUUCAUCAUUGAACUCUUAUUGAGAUGUUGCCGUCAACAUUUCAAUAUCAUUGGAUUGGAAAAUGACGAAAAUGACCGCAUAUUAAACAAACCAUGGUUGAUACAUUAUAUAGCGCCUGACAUGCAAUUGCUUGAAAAUCAACUGCCAUUUUUCAUUCUUGAAGAUCUUUUUGACCCUGACAUAAUUACAGUCUCUUCUAACAGUAAGAAGCUUUCAAUGAUUAAUCUCUCUUACGAGUUCUUGACAAUGACACUGGAAUUAGAGGGGGCAGAAGACAGUUUGCAGAGGAUUUCUUCUUCUAGUAGUAAUCCUAAAGUUGAACAUUUUCUUGAUUUUAUAAGAACUUUACAUCUUCCAAUAUUGGAGGAAUCAGAUCAAAGUAAUGAAGGGCCAAGCAACAGUAUUAUGACUACACCCUGCAUUACAAAACUACACCAGGCCGGGGUCAAGUUUAAGUUGGGAUCAAGCAGAAACUUAUUCGAUAUACGAUUCAACGAUGGGAUUCUAGAAAUUCCAAAAUUAAUAAUACACGAUUACACGGAGCUCACACUCCGUAACCUCCUUGCCUUUGAACAGUGCCAUUGCGAAAAGAUUUACGUAAGUGAUUAUGUUUCACUCAUGGAUGACUUUGUGAACACUGAAAAGGAUGUGGAGUUUCUUCUGAAGGAUGGGAUUGUCGAAAAUAUGCUUGGUGACGACAAUGAGGUGUGCACUCUGAUUAACAACCUUGGAAGAGGAAUUGCUGUGGAUCGUGAAAGCUUCUACUUUGCUACUCUUUCUGAGCGCCUCAAUAGCUACUGCAGAAAGCCUUGGAACAAAUGGAAGGCAAAUUUGAAGCAACAUUAUUUCAAUACACCUUGGGCAACUAUUUCUGUCAUUGCAGCUGUUUUAAAGAACCAGCUGUUUCAAUACAAAUGGAAGAAGGCAUAUAGUGAGAUUGAUCUUGCUUCUGUUGUAGCAUUUCUCUAA